AUGAAAAUGAAAUCAUCAUUAUUUUUAUUAUUAUUAAGAGUACUAUUUUUAUUAUGUUUUGUGAAGAGAAUGGUAGCAAAUAAAGUUUUAAAUGUAGCCGAGAAACCAUCAGCUGCAGAAGAAAUAUCACAAUUACUUGCUGGGACAAGACCACGAAAGAGACCAGGACUAAGUAAAUAUAAUCCAAUAUGGGAAUUUAAAUAUAAUAUAUUGGGUGGUAAUGCAGAUAUGGUGUUUACAUCGGUAUUGGGUCAUUUGAUGAAUACAGAGGUAGAGGAACGUUAUAUACCCUGGUAUUCAUGUGAGCCAGUCGAGUUGUUUCAUUGUGGAGUACGUAAAUACAUUCAAUCUGAUGACAAUCAGAAUCUCUUCAAAACUAUACAACGUGAAGCAAGACAAUGUGAUACACUCGUACUAUGGUUGGAUUGUGAUCGUGAAGGUGAAAAUAUUGCAUUUGAAGUCAUUGAUUGUGCUGUCAAAGCAAAUAGAAACCUUAUGAUCUAUAGAGCUAGAUUCUCUUCUAUUAUACCUCAAGAAGUAAAAAGGGCAUGUGCAAAUUUAGUUAGACCAAAUGAAAAUGAUUCGAUUGCAGUUGAUACUAGAAUAGAGAUUGAUUUGCGAUUGGGUGCAGCUUUUACAAGAUUUCAAACAUUGUAUCUUAGAGGCAAGUUUGAUUUGACACCAGGUAAUGAUGAAGACAAACAACCAAUCAGUUAUGGACCAUGUCAAUUCCCAACACUGGGAUUCGUCGUUGAAAGAUACUUGCGUAUCGAAAACUUUAUACCCGAGGAUUUUUGGUCAAUGAAUGUAAAGCAUUCCAAAGAGGAACUUACUGUCAACUUUGGGUGGAAGAGAAAACGUCUCUUUGAUCAUGCUCCUGCUUUUAUCCUCUAUGAAAAAUGUCUUGACAAUCCUUUGGCAACUGUUAUUGAUAUUCAAAAAAAGAAUCACAAUAAAUUACAAAAAAGUGCAUCAUCUAAACUUAGAAUAUCAUCCGAUAGAACAAUGAAGAUUGCAGAGGAAUUAUACAACAAGGGGUUUAUUAGUUACCCACGUACAGAGACUAGUCAGUUUAUAGAUGGGACUGAUUUCCAAGGGUUGAUUGGGUUACAGACCGGUGAUCCACAGUGGGGACAGUACGCGACGAGAUUGUUAAAUGGAGAGUUUAAACGACCAAAUGAUGGGCGUACAAACGACCAUUCUCAUCCACCAAUCCAUCCAACCAACUUUUUGCCACCUGGAGCUGCCGGUGCAAAAGAUCCAAAGGCACGUGAACUGUACGAGUUUAUCGUUCGACAUUUCUUGGCGUGUUGUUCACCAGAAUCAAUUAUUGCAAAAACAACGGUUAGCAUUGAUGUUGCAGGUGAAAAGUUUUCAGAAUCUGGUUCAAUGAUUAUACGUCGUGGUUAUUUGGAAGUGUAUAAAUACGAAAAGAGAAAUGACAAGAUCAUCCCAACCUAUGAAGUGGGUGAACAAUUUACACCAACCGAUAUCAAAUUAGAGAGUGGACGAACCGUGUCUCCUAGACCACUCUCUGAACCCGAACUACUCUCUGCAAUGGAUUCUAAUCAGAUUGGAACAGAUGCCACCAUGGCACAACACAUUCAAAAGAUUAUUGAAAGAGGAUACGUUAUCAAAGAUGCAGAUCAAUUGUUUGUACCAACCAAUCUUGGAAAGGCAUUGAUUGUUGGUUACGAUUCGAUGGGAUUUGAAUUCUCAAAACCUGCACUACGUGCAUCCAUCGAAGCAGACAUUCAAAAAAUUGGUCUUGGACAAAGAACCAAGGAGCAAGUUCUCCGUGACACGAUAGAAAAGUACAAAACACUCUUUAUUCAAGCUCAGAAUCAAACUCAGAUGUUGGAUGUUGCAUUCUCUAAACAUUUUGCCUCCAAAGGUCAAACCUAUCAAACAUUAAAAGCGAAUUUUAGUAAAUGUGGUAAAUGUAAUAAUUUAAUGGAUUUAAAAAAAACAAAUGGUGAUAGAAAAAUAUUAAAUUGUUCAACUUGUAAUACAUCUUAUAAUUUACCACAAAAAGGUGAAUUUAUUGUCAAUGCCCAUACUUGUCCACUUUGUAAAUUCCAAGUUGUUUCAGUUCAAACAGACAAGACGACCUAUACUAUUUGUCCAUUUUGUAGAAAUCAUCCUCCAGCAUCAAGUAAGGAAGGACCUGGAAAACCAUUCCAUUGUUUCCAAUGUACAGAAAAAUGUCAACUUGCAACAGGUCAUAAUUUUAAACCAAAUCAAAAUAAUAAUCAAAAUAAUCAAAACAAUAAUAAUUAUCAAAGAAAUCAAAACAAUAAUAAUAAUCAAAAUAAUAAUCAUAAUAAUAGACCACAACAACCAAGUUCCUCAACAUUUAAAAAGAAACCAGCAGCACCAUCCUCAACUUUUAAAAAUAGAUAUAAUGAUUGUAAUAAUAAUAAUAUAGAUCUCACUUGA